AUGGCCUUACUCCUGUUUUGCUUCUCUCUCAACUUGAUACAACUGACAUCAGCAAGCAGCUCAGGAGCCGCGCAUCAUCAAGCUGGCACCGCCAAAUCCAAGAUUAAAAGAAGCAGCUGUGCAUCAAGGAAAAAACCCAAUGGCCCAGCACUGACGGAAACUUAUUCUGGAAAAGGUACACGCAACCCUACCGCGGGGGGAGGUGGAAACUGUGCAUUCACUAAAUGGCCUGUACCUAAAGGCUACGGCCCACUGGCUAUCGCGACAAAUCAGUGGAAUUCAGCUAAAGCAUGCGGUGCUUGUAUUGAAGUUGAAGGACCUGGCGGCAAAUUCAUGGGUAUUGUUAACGACCAAUGCCCUUCGUGUGAGCCAAAUGGCCUCGACUUGGACUCAAAUUUAUGGAAUCAAGUCAGUGGUAAUAAACCGCCUGGCAUAAUUCAAAUCAAAUGGAAAAUCGUUCCUUGUGGUUUCUCAAAGCCAGUUAUGUUCAUGAACAAGACUGGAGUGAGCAAAGAUUGGAAUUCGAUUCAAGUCCAAGGUGCAAAUACUCCAUUGAAAUCUUUAGAGGUUUCGACUGAUGGGGGAAAUCAACCAAAAAAUGGCAAAGGCCUGGGUACAACAGGUGAUAUCAGAGUCACGUGUUUAUCUGGGAAGCAAUUUGUUACAAAAAACAUAGAACUAGCCACCCCCGAAUCACCCAAAGCAGGAUCUGGGAACUGCUGA